AUGGGCCUUUUCGGCCACAUGCGCAUCCACGAGAGCGGCCUUGGCCGCACUCCCGACACACCCACCACAUCCAACACAUCCACCGUGCACACCCCCACCCUCGUUCCAUCCGUCCGCGCCACCACCACCACCACCGCCUCCUCUGUAGCUGACACUGACACCGCCGACUUCUCAUGCCCACACGGUCCACGCACAUUCACCUCACGCAUCGGCCUGGUCGGUCACUUGAGAAUCCAUCGCACAGAGACUGGCGACUCAGUGCCUGGAGCACCCACCUAUACCCACCAAGCUCGUCUCAACUGCCCACACUGCCCUCGCACUUUCAGGCAUCGCAUGGGCCUAAUCAGUGACAUGCGCAUCCACGACGACCUGCGGUAG